GGUCCGCCUGGCCGGGGACCCGCCGCUGAUUGGCUGCGCCGCCGAGCGGAAGUGAUGCUACUGUCACUGGCUCCUCCGGCUCCCGGGAAGCCGCGAGUUUCCGCAGGGAGGCGGCGGCAGCAGCUGCGGCCGGGCCGGUCUGCCAUCUGUGCUUGGAGUCAGCGCUGUUCACAGGGAGAGUGAUGCCCUUUCUCCAUUUGCACAAAAUGAGCAUGAGGUGGUUAGCCAAUCCAGGAGCUCGACCUCACUCAAAGACCAGCCUACUGCUCUGAUGCCGAAGGGGAGGCAGAAAGUGCCGCAUUCGGAUGCCCCCCUGGGCCUGCCCGCUUGCCUCUGGCUGGAGUUAGCCGGGCUCUUCUUACUGCUUCCCUGGGUUAUGGGCCUGGUUGGGGCAGGUGGGCCCAGGGCCCAGGGUCCAGGGGGGCUAAGCUGGGCUGUGCAUCUGGACGGCCCCAAAGGCGAAGGGGAGGAAGAGGCGCUGGAGCAGCGGGCAGAUGCUCUGGCCCAGGCAGCAGGGCUGAUGAAUGCGGGACGCAUCGGGGAGCUCCAUGGGCACUACCUUUUGGUCCAGCCUGCUGGGCACCAGCAGGCCCGGCAGGUAGCAGCCCUCCGGCAGCAGGUGGAGGCUGUGCUGGCCAGGCAUGAAGCUGUGCGCUGGCACUCAGAGCAGAGGCUGCUCAAGCGGACCAAGCGCAGCGUCCACUUCAAUGACCCCAAGUACCCACAGCAGUGGCACCUGAAUAACCGGCGGAGCCCCGGCAGGGACAUCAACGUGACGGGUGUGUGGGAGCGCAACGUAACCGGGCGAGGGGUGACUGUGGUUGUAGUGGACGAUGGCGUGGAGCACACCAUCCAGGACAUCGCACCCAACUAUAGUCCCGAGGGCAGCUAUGACCUCAACUCCAAUGACCCCGACCCCAUGCCCCACCCAGACGUGGAGAACGGCAACCACCACGGCACGCGGUGCGCCGGAGAGAUCGCUGCUGUGCCCAACAACAGCUUCUGUGCCGUGGGGGUGGCGUUCGGGAGCCGCAUAGCAGGUAUCCGGGUACUGGAUGGACCCCUCACAGACAGCAUGGAGGCCGUGGCAUUCAACAAGCACUAUCAGAUCAAUGACAUCUACAGCUGCAGCUGGGGACCAGAUGACGAUGGAAAGACAGUGGACGGUCCCCAUCAGCUUGGGAAGGCUGCCUUGCAACAUGGGGUGAUUGCUGGCCGCCAGGGCUUUGGGAGCAUCUUUGUGGUCGCCAGUGGUGAGGAUGCCCUUAUCUCAGCUCCCAUGUCCCUGACUCUGCCCCCAGGUGCUGUGGACGAGGAGGGACGGAUGCCUUUCUAUGCGGAGGAGUGCGCCUCCAUGCUGGCAGUCACCUUCAGUGGUGGGGACAAGAUGCUCCGGAGCAUUGUGACCACAGACUGGGACCUUCAGAAGGGCACAGGCUGCACGGAGGGCCACACAGGGACCUCCGCUGCAGCCCCUCUGGCCGCGGGCAUGAUAGCCCUGAUGCUACAGGUGCGGCCCUGCCUCACGUGGCGUGACGUCCAGCACAUCAUCGUCUUCACGGCCACCCAGUACGAGGACCGCCGUGCUGAUUGGAUCACCAAUGAGGCGGGCUUCAGCCACAGCCACCAGCACGGGUUCGGCCUGCUCAAUGCUUGGAGACUCGUUAACGCAGCCAAGGUCUGGACGUCAGUCCCUUACUUAGUGUCCUACGUCAGCCCCGUGUUGAAAGAGAACAGGGCUGUCCCGCUGUCUGCCCGCCCCCUGGAGGUCCUGUGGAAUGUCAGCAGGACGGACCUGGAAAUGUCGGGGCUGAAGACCCUGGAGCACGUGGCAGUGACAGUCUCCAUUACUCACCCACGACGCGGCAGCUUGGAACUGAAGCUGUUUUGCCCCAGUGGCAUGAUGUCCCUUAUCGGCGCCCCCCGCAGCAUGGACUCGGAUCCCAACGGCUUCAACGACUGGACCUUCUCCACUGUGCGGUGCUGGGGGGAAAGAGCGAGGGGGACCUACAGACUCGUCAUCAGGGAUGUCGGAGAUGAGACGUCCCAGGCCGGCAUCCUCCGGCAGUGGCAGCUGACCCUCUAUGGCUCUGUGUGGAGUCCAGUGGACAUCAGGGACAGACAAAGGCUUCUAGAAAGUGCCAUGAGUGGAAAAUACCUGCACGAUGGCUUCACUCUGCCCUGCCCUCCUGGGCUGAAAAUUCCCGAGGAAGAUGGUUACACCAUCACCCCUAACACCCUCAAGACCCUGGUGCUGAUAGGCUGUUUCACCGUCUUCUGGACCAUUUACUACAUGCUGGAAGUAUACUUGAGCCAGAGGAAUGUGGCCUCUCACCCAGUUUGCCGGAGUGGAUCCUGCCACUGGCCCCAGCGAAGCCGAAAAGCCAAGGAGGAGGGGACAGAACUAGAAUCAGUGCCCCUUUGCAGCAGCCAGGAUCCCGGCAGAGUCGGGACAGAGAGCGAGUGCCCUCCCACCACCUCCGGGCUCCACGCGCCGGACCUGCUGGAUCAAGGGGACUGGGGCCUGCCCCAGCACCUACCCCUAGACCUGUUGCAGGGGAAGGAGGAGCAGAUUUGCUGACCUAAGGCCUGACAGCCGACAUUGGACAGGCUCUUCCUUCCUAGGACUGGGGAAGCUUGGAAAGCUGCUCCAAAGUCCCAGGAGCUCUGGGGAGAAGGCAGCCCCGAUGCCCCCAUCUGGGACCAGAGGCCUAAAGAGCACCCUCUGGCUAAAGACUACGCUCAGGGAGGGCAGGGGCCUUCUGAAGGUACGAGUGGCAGAGGAGUGGUGCCGGAGAACAGCCUGGCAACAGCCACAGGACCGUCCUCCAACCAAACAGGAGCUUUUGGGGAGCGGGUUUGGAUGAGGGACUGGCGCCCCCGCUGGGCAGGCCUCCGUCCUCAUUCCUCCGGGGCAAGCCAGGGGCCUGGGUCACGGGGACCCUCACCUGUGUGUGGCCAGAAGAGCAUCUCAGCCGAACCAUCACUGGGGUCACUUGGGAAGAGGGCUUAGGGGUGGAGGCUGGGAAGAGCCCUGGAUAUACCUGUCCUUUUAAUGACCCAGGGGCCAGAAACAGCUGACUCUCCCCUUCUCUCCCUCACCUUCCAGCCUAAGCCUUCCUUGGACCUUGAACAUAUUGGUGUGGCAGUCAGCCCUUAGCUCAGCAGUUGCCCUGAAAGCAGAUGCCUCGUUAUCCCUGAUCAGAAGCCAACCUGGAACACAGCCCUGACGCUGUCAACCGUCACCCCCACCCUUCUUCCUGAAGGAUCGGUACGACUUGCCUGGCAAGGCUGGGGACAGACAUGGCCCCCAGGCCUGGGCUGCUCCAGCAGGGGAGUCUGUGGCCGGACUGCCCCUCCAGCCCUGCGACCACCCUGUCUUCCUCUGCAAAGUGCUCAGGGAAAUGGCCUUGCCUGCCGGAGGCCGGCCGUCUGCGGACAGGCUGGGCCUCUUCCUCCCCUUCUUGACCUCCUCCCCUCUUCUGAGCUGGUUGAUUGGUUUGAAUUUUGUUGUUGUUGUUUUUAAUGCUUCAAAUUGGGUUUUCUCUUUUCACAGCAACAUUUUGUUGAAUUUUUUCUGCACACCUUUUCCAAAAUAAAGACCUUCCACACAGUCCUGCCCCUGCCCAUCUCCUUCCCUCCGCCUCCCCAGAGCUAACUCAAGGGGCCUGGUUGCUCCCCUUUCCCUUCAGUCCCCAACAGUCAUUCUCCUCUU